UUCACCAUAAUUUCACCACCAUGUUGUCAUUUUAACCAUUUUGUCGUCUACUCCGUCAAAAAGGUCAAAAGGCUUUGUCAACACAAUGAAAACAUCACUAAAUUAAAAUAGUAAAUAUAAUACUCGUGUGUAUAUAUAUAACAAUUCGCCGAAGAGGAGAAACCAGGAAAAGGGCAUAAAAUGGUAGAGAUUCCGAGAAGAGUCAACAAAUUAGCUGCGGCUUUUUACUUCGAGGCGGCGCGUGCACGUCCGCCAUGCGAUAGCAGUAGCGGGAGCGAUCACUUUCCUGAUGAGACAGCCGAUCUUUGGGAUCUGGUCGAAUCUUAUAUGGACGGUGAAGUGAAAGCUUUACCCGAGGAUGUUCUUGGGGAAGAAAACGAUGAUAAAUCUGACGUUGAUGAUGAUGAUGACUAUGAAGAUGUGAAGGAGAGGUUACGGAGAUUCGUAAGAAUCUCGGGCGGCAGAGAGCGGCGGAGAAUAAUUGAGGAGGUAGUCAAUGCAAGUGAGUUCGUUGGAGAGAAACGACUCUUGAUGGCUUAUCUACGUAACAAAGGUUUCGAUGCAGGUCUUUGCAAGUCGAAGUGGGAGAGAUUUGGUAAGAACACGGCCGGAAAGUACGAGUACGUUGACGUUAAUAGAGGAGAUCAUAAGAGCCGCUUCAUCGUCGAGACAAAUCUUGCCGGAGAAUUUGAGAUUGCUAAGCCUACAACAAGAUACCUUUCUCUCUUAGCUGAACUGCCAAGUGUCUUUGUGGGAACACCUGAAGAGCUGAAAAAGUUAGUGAGAAUCAUGUGCUUUGAGAUAAGACGGUCGAUGAAAGGAGCGGAGAUUCACGUGCCGCCGUGGAGGAGGAACGCUUACAUGCAAGCCAAGUGGUUUGGUCACUAUAAACGAACCUCAAAUGAAGUGGUUACUAGGGUUAAGAGCUGUGGCUGUGGACCACGUGUUGGGUUUGAGGAAUUGGUUAAACCGGCGACGUUUAAUGGUUAUAAGGACGUGGAGAGGAAGAGGCAGGGUUUAAAAGUUGGCCAGCUCACGGUGGCUUUCAACGGCAGUGCGGUGAGGCUGUAAUAGUCAAAGAACAAAGCAUAGGGCUCUGAGAGUUUAUAAUUGUGAGUUUUGAAUAUUUUUGUAGAUAUAGGGUGUCAAAGAAGCAACACAUCUAUAAAGUUGUAGAUUGGCUCUCUAGCAGUGUCUGCUAAAUUUGUUUAGUGCAAUAGUUUUUAGUUGGGCCUUUUAAGUUUCGGCCCGUUUUUUAUUGGCCCGGUUCAGUGAAUUAUUC